AUGGCACCUUUAUGCCAUGUGUUCCACACAGAAAACCUCCCCGAUCAUGUCCACACCAUCCAGCGCAACUUCCAAGAAAAGCGUCGCAAAGGUCCAGCCGUGAACCUGAAAGAGUGCCAGCUGCUCGAGAUGGUGCAAUACUCCUGCAAUCCGCCUCAAGGAGAAAUUCCACAACCAGGUGUGAUUACGUGCCAGCCGAUUACACGGCUGUUUCGACGAUGCGCCGGAGGGUUGACGGUGGAAAGUACUGCAUGGGAGCCGAUCAGGAUAGCUGCGGAGGAAGCUCAGAAGAAGGCGACAGACAAAAAGUCGUGA